UGUUUAAGCAAAAUUUGUUGUUCUAACCUCUUAAAGGGAGAGUUUUGUAUGCGAGAAAGUGUUUGGAAUAACAGGUGCUUAGUUUGUUAUGAACAAUGGAUACUUAUAGUUAUUGGAACUAUUGGAAGCAGCCCCGGAAACUUCAUGAACUCAUGGCAGAAAUUGAAAACUUUGAUGACGAUGAGUUGAUUCCUGAUACCAUUGCCGUUCUACCGCCAGUUAACGCAAAUGAAUAUAACCCUGAUGAGGAUUCCGGCGACGAAAAUGAAGUGGAUAUAAACAACCUCCCUGGAAGUCAGCUGAUGACUGAAGUUGAGGUUGUAUUUGAAAACAGGGGAUCAAACCAAACUACAGUUGAGAGUGAUUUUGAUAGCGACCAUGACCUACCUAUGUCUACCUUUCUUACGAAAAAACGACCAAAAUUAUCAAAACCAAAUUACUCUUGGAAAAAAGGUGAUAUCAACAAAGAUUUUCCAGAUUGGGUAAACGCAAGUGGUCCAAAAAAUUCUUUAUCUCCUUUAGAACUAUUUUUUCAGUUUAUGGAUGACGAAAUUAUUGACUUGGUUUCUCAAUGUGAAAAAGCUCCUUUCCAUAUCUUUUGUGACAAUUUUUUUACGUCAUUACCUCUGUUGGCUGAGCUGACCUCCAGGGGGCUCAAAUGCACAGGAACUGUGCGAGAAAACAGACUAUCAGAUUGCCCUCUUGAAAAAUCCAGUAUGUUCAAGAAAAAAUCCCGUGGUAGUUUUGAUUAUGUUUUGGAGGAGAACCAAAAUAAUAUUGUAUGUAAAUGGAAUCACAAUAGUGUUGGUACAAUCGCCUCAAAUGUAACAUCUCCUUUUCCGACACAGCAAGUCAAACGCUUCUCUCAGAAAGAAAAGAAAAUGAUACAUGUUGAGCAGCCAUGGUUGAUCAAACAAUACAACGAAAACAUGGGCGAUGUUGAUAGGGCUGACCAAAAUAUAAGCCUUUACCGCCUAGGAAUCAGGGGAAAGAAGUAG